AUUAGCUGCAACGGCUUUACCCUCAGUGACCAAAGAGGACUGCAGGCUGUUGGUGUGGGAAUCUUCCCCAACCUCUGCCAGGCCAACCAUGACUGCUGGCCCAACUGUACUGUCAUCUUCAACAAUGGCAAUCAUGAGGCUGUAAGAUCAAUGUUCCACACACAGAUGAGGAUUGAGCUGCGGGCACUGAGCAAGAUUGCUCCAGGGGAUGAGCUGACUGUUUCCUACGUGGAUUUCCUCAAUGUGAGCGAGGAGCGGCGGAAGCAGCUGAAGAAGCAGUAUUACUUUGACUGUGCCUGUGAGCACUGCAAGAAACAGAUCAAGGACGACCUGAUGCUGGCGGUGAAGGAGGGGGAAGGCAAGCCCUCUGCAGAGAUGGUGAAGGAUGUCAUCCAGUUCUCCAAGGAUACACUGGAGAAGAUCAACAAGGCCCGCAUGGAUGGACUUUACCACGAAGUCGUGAAGCUGUGCCGCGAGUGCCUGAAGAAACAGGAGCCUGUGCUGGGAGACACGAACAUCUACCACCUGAGGAUACUCAGCAUUGCCUCUGAGGUGCUCUCUUACCUCCAGAUGUUUGAGGAAGCUGCUGACUACGCCAAGAAGAUGGUGGAUGGCUACCUGAAAAUAUACCAUCCCAACAACGCACAGCUGGGGAUGGCCGUGAUGCGGGCAGGAGUGACUCACUGGCAUGCUGGUCUCAUUGAAGCUGGGCAUGGCUUGAUCUGUAAAGCCUAUGCCAUUCUCCUGGUAACGCAUGGACCUUCCCACCCAAUUACUAAAGACCUGGAGGUCAUGCGUGUCCAGACGGAGAUGGAGCUGCGCAUGUUCCAGCAGAAUGAGUUCAUGUAUUACAAGAUGAGGGAAGCUGCCCUCAAAAACCAAAAGAUUCAAGUCAUGCCUGAACCCAGCAAUGAGCCCUCACCAAGUCUCUUCCACAAGAAGGAAUAAACCCCAAGCUUGACACGAAUUCAUGGCUGUGGGAUAACAUCACCUGUGGCACCUCCAAACAUGGGGAAUAUGAUAUAGGAAUGUGAUAUAUCCAUAAGGAUUGUUUCCAGUGGCAGCAGUCUGACAGCAUGGACCCGCUGGGGGAGGGUCCUCAAAAAUCUUCUGAGGGCUCAAAGCAGAGGAAAUCUUGGCAGAAACAACAUCCUUUUUCUACCACUAGCAUUAAAAAUCAAAGCAAAAAAGCCUGUUAUAAAAUUAUUUACAUUCUUAUUGGAAGCCUGUUUGUCUCUACCCUACUCCUGAUCCUGAAGUCCUUGGUUAAAUUUUAAUUGAGUCUUUCCUAAGUGUUUUUUCCCAUCA